AUGUUAAUCUUAAUUAAGACACCAACUAUUACAUUCUCUUUGGAUGUUCAACCAACUGAUGAUACUGAAGUUAUCUACUCAAAGGUUGCAGAGAGAACUGAAUAUAAGAGAUUCCAAUUUAAUUUAUUAUUUGCUGGUGAGCCACUAUCAAAAGGACCAAUUUCAGCAUGUGGUAUUAAAAAGGAAACAACUGUACAUAUGAAUGUUAUCAAGGAAUUGAAAUUCACUAUUAUAUAUGAAGGUGAACAUCAAGUAUCCGUACCAAAUAAUGAUGGUUUAACUAUUCAACAUUUACACACUCAAAUUAGAAAUUCAUUAAGUUCAGCAGUUCCAGCAGUUUUAACUCAUAAUAUUGACGUUAGAAAACAAGGUGACACUGCCAAUAUCAAUAAAUAUAGUGUUCUCCAUCAGACUUUACAGAAUUUGGAUACAUUGGAAUUGGUUCUCACUGAGAAACCUUCAAAGUCAAAGGGUUUCAGCAGUGGUAGCGACAACUAUGAAACACCAGCGGAAGACACUCAAUUCGAUCAGGAUGCAUUGUUGAAUAGUUUCCUUGAGACAUCGAUCUCAUCGGAUGUUGAGAUUAUGUUUUGCUUCGAUACCACCGGUUCGAUGUCUUCGAUCAUCGGAAAGGUUAGAGAACAAGUCGAGCAAACAGUCAGUCGUCUCAUGAAAGAUAUUCCAAAUAUCAGAAUCGGUAUUAUGGGUCUUGGUGACUACUGUGAUGGAACCAGAGUUCUGACCACUCUUGACUUGACUCAGGACGUCGAUAAACUGGUGAAAUUCAUCAAGAGUGUUCCAUCGACAAGUGGUGGCGAUGCACCGGAAGCCUACGAGUGGGCACUCCGCAAAGCCAAAGAUUUGACAUGGUCUCCACACACCUCGAAAGCAUUCGUUAUGAUUGGAGAUUGUGAGCCACACGAACCAUCGCAUACCGACUUGAACAUCAACUGGUUCGAGGAGUGUGACGAUCUUUUCGAUAUGGGAGUAAAGAUCUAUGGUGUCAAAGCGCUCGGAAGCUGUGUAUUCUACGAGGAGAUCGCAGAGAGAACCGGUGGAAUCUGUAUUAAUUUCAACAAAUUCUCGUUGAUCACCGAGAUGUUCUUGGCAAUCUGUUAUCGUGAGGCAUCCAAGGAGAAAUUCAAACAAUAUCAAACUGAGAUCAACAAGAAUGGUGUAUCGGCAGAGAUGACAGAGAUUCUCACUGAUUUGAAUAAAGAGAAUUUCACAGUAAUCGACUCCACCAAAGUAGAGAAAGAAGCGGAAACUCCAACUGUCGAAGCGGAAACUCCAGCUGAAACAACCACAACAACAACAACCACUACUACUGCUGUUGUCGAGGAUCCAGCACCAAAGAAAAAUGUUAUCAUCAAACAACGUGGAUAUCCAACCAAGAUGAGAGUCAAACAGGCAUGCUCUCCGAAUGGCUCAAGCAGUAGAUCGGCAACCACUGGUUCACUUCCAGUGAGCACUCCACCAGCCAUCCCAGACAAAGUCGAUCCAAAAUUCACUUAUCCCGACGGUACUGUCUCCACUACCACUCUUACCGAUCUCUUCAAUACCACUUCACUCGUCAGAAAAAUCGUCUUGCCAAACGGAGGUGUUCCAAAGAUCAACAUAAUGGGAGACACCAAGAUAGGAAAGACCACCUUCACCAACCAGAUGAAUCCACUCAGCGAAAAGGUAGUCUUUGAAGAACGCUACUUCAUUACACACUACCAAGCCGAGCGAAUCAGUGCAUUCGUAGUGUGUUUCGAUCCAAACAACAUCAAUAGUUACGAGCGUGUUCCCAACUACAUCAAUGAGAUUAGAAGACGUGCACCAGACACACCGAUCUUUGUGAUCUGUCUCAAGACUGACACAGUCGAUCCAGAGAAACUAAAGACAAUGGACAUGAACAAGCUCAAGAACAUCUAUCGUCUCAGCGGUGCCUACUACAGCUCCACCUUAAACUCUGAAAAAGAAUCACAAAAACUCUUAAAGAAAUUGAAAAUGUCAGAUCAAGAGCAGCUUUUAAGAUGGCUGCAAAUCGCACAGUUGGAAGAGUUCUAUCCUAAUUUCAUCAAGAGAAAAGUCACUUGUGAAUCAUUCUUAAUGUUUACAAUGCAAGACUAUGGAUUGGUUGGUGUUACUUCGCUUGAUGAUAGAAAGAAACUAUUUCAUUUAUUACAACAGUUGAAGAGAAAUGGAAGUGGUGGUGCUUCACCAACUAUGUCCUCACCAGUUAUGCAACAACCAACCAAUGUUGUCGCUCCACCUCCACAACCAUCGUUAGUCCAACAACAACAGCAACAGCAACAACAACAAUUUGUACAGCAACAACAACAAAUUCGUGCUCCAGUGUCAUCGAGACAACAACAGCAGCAAUUCGAUCCAGUUCAACAAGCUAAAGAGAUGUUGAGAAAGAGAGAACAGGCAAUGAACGAACAACAAAUAUCAUACAAUAACAACAGUAACAGUCGAUCCUCAGAGUUUCUAAUGGAGUUUGAUGUCAAGAAGAACAGUCUAAACGAUUUCUUGGAUGACGAUUUCAUUGAUCCAUCUACACCUCCUUCCUCAAGAAAACAACAACAAAAUGAUUAUAUUGACGAUGAGGAAGUGGAAGAAGAAGAAGAACUCUAUGAAGAGGAACCAGAGUUUGAAUAUGAAGAGGAAGAGGAAGAAGACGAAAUCUAUGAAAACGAAGACGAUCUCGGUGAGGUAGAAGACAACAUUUUGGAACCGUCCGACGAUGAGGAGUACAUUGAAGAGGAGAACUACGAAGAGGAAGAUGAUUUCAUUGACCAAGAAUAUAUACCUGCUUCUGAAUCGAGAGUAUCCUAUCAGAAUAUAAUACCUCAACAACAACAACCAUUAUUUAUUGCACCACAACAACAACAACAACCAACACCUUUGAAUAGCUCUAGAACCAUACCAACUACAAAUAGUGUACAACAACAAUUCCAGAAUGUCCAAAUUCAACAACAGCCACAGCAACAGCAACAACCAGUUUCAACACCAUCAGUCACCUCUAACCAACAACCAAAAUCAGGUUUCUACCUAGAUAUGUCUGAGUAUGGUCAACGUAUUCGUGUCUGUGUUAGAAAGAGACCUCUCAACAAGAAAGAAAUCGCUAGAAAUGAAAAAGAUAUUCUUGAGACCAGUGGAAAGAAAGAGUUACAUGUUCAUGAACCAAAGGUGAAACUUGAUAUGACUAAAUACACUGAUAAACACAAGUUUACUUUUGAUGAAGUGUUUGAUGAGAAUAUCGAUAAUUAUCAAGUAUACUUGCACACUGCCUAUCCAUUGGUCGAUUCUAUCUUCCACAAAGGAAAAGCCACCUGUUUUGCCUAUGGACAAACCGGUUCCGGUAAGACAUUUACCAUGAUUGGUAAUGGUGAUGGUCUAUAUGCGCUUGCUGCUCGUGAUAUAUUCCAUCGUUUGAACACCUACUUUGCCGAUCAGCUCCAAGUCUAUGUCAGCUUCUUUGAGAUCUACGGAGGCAAACUAUUUGACUUGCUUCACAAUCGUAAGAAGUUAGAGUGUCGUGAGAACGAAGCAAAGAACGUAGUUAUCUCUGGACUUGGUGAGCGUUAUGUCUCCAACGCCCAGGAAUUGAUGAACAGUGUCGACGAAGGUAACAAGAUUCGUUCAACAGGAUCGACCGGUGUCAAUGCCGACUCGUCGCGUUCGCACGCCAUCUUGCAAAUCUCCCUCAAAAAUAUCAAAACAACAAAGCUGCACGGUAAAUUCUCAUUCAUUGACUUGGCUGGUAGUGAGCGUGGCUCCGAUACCUAUGACAAUGACAAACAGACAAGAAAGGAGGGUGCCGAUAUCAACAAGAGUUUGCUGGCACUGAAAGAAUGUAUCAGAGCACUGGACCAGGCAUCGAAACACACUCCAUUCCGUCAGAGUACACUCACCCAGGUAUUGAAGGAUUCUUUCAUUGGCAAUUCGAGAACCGUUAUGAUUGCAAACGUCUCUCCGAACAACUUGUCGUCCGAACACACCUUGAACACCCUUCGUUAUGCCAACCGUGUCAAAGAGUUGGGUGGAUCGGAGAGCCAAACCAAAAAAGUAGUUCAAACCUAUAAUAUUCCAGAACCACUUCCACCACCCGAUAACAUUCUCACCAAGGCCACUAGUCCAGUGCCAACUCCUGAUGUCUCAGCCGUCAAUAAUAAUAAUAAUAAUAUUAACAACAAUAAUAAUAAUAAUAUGAACGAUAAUAACUUUGAUAUUACACCAACACCAACAAUACCACAAGCUGUGCCAAAAACAAAAUCCCAAAUUUCAACUUCUGCACAACAUUUACAACCAAUUCAACAACAACAACCAGUUCAACAACAACAAGUACAACAAAUUCAACAACAACAACAACCAAUCCAAUCUGCACAUCAAAUGUUACAGAACAUGAAUAGCACACCAAAGUCUCUUCCCAAGUUUGACUAUGUAAAUCAUCACCGUGACCAUUUGGAUCAGUUGGCUGGAAUCUUAAAGAUGGAACUGACAACGAUUGCUCACUUUGAGAAUAGAAACAUGACAAACGAUACCUAUCUUAAAACAAUUAACACCUACUUGGACCAAAAGCAACAACUAAUUAAUAAUUUAAGAAGUAUCAUCCAACAACAGCAACAACAACAACAAUUGCUUCAAUCUCAAUUCCAGGCACCAGCACCUAUACAAACACCUCCACAACAACAACAACAACAACAGACACCACCCUCCAAUAUUGUACCACCAUCUUCAUCACGAGAAAGAGCAAGAAGUUUAAUUCAACCACCAAAACAAAUAUCAAGAAGCUAA